CCACAAUGCAACAUUCAACAUGGCGGCGCCCUAGCACCGACAUGUGUAUACUGUGUUAACUUUUAAAGUCACUAUUUGUUGCUUUCAUGGUUUCCCGUCUGUUUUUUAAACUUUAAUCGGAGAAUCAAAGAUCACGUUAAAAUGAAGACAAAAUCGUCAUAUCAUAGAUCGGAAAACACUUACAGGUUUCUUACCUUCUCUGAACGGCUAGCGAAUGUGAAUAUAGAUGUCAUACAUCGCAUCGACAGAACAGGCAGCUAUGCUGAGGAGGUAGAAACUUACUUUUUUGAGGGAUUGACGAAAUGGAGGGACCUCAAUUUAACGGAACAUUUUACCACCUUUUUGAAAGAAGUUUCACAGAAGAGUCAGUCAUUCAAACUGCUCGUCUUCCAUCAGGACUCCAUUGUGGAAAGUCUAAAAACACACCUCAGUGUGAAAAACAGCCUGGCCUACCAGCCCCUGCUGGACCUGGUGGUUCAGCUGGCUCGUGACCUCCAGACAGACUUCUACCCUCAUUUCCGAAACUUCUUCCUCAUCAUCACAUUGUUGUUAGAGACCCAGGACACGGAACAGUUGGAAUGGGCUUUCACGUGCCUGUCGUACCUGUACAAGUACUUAUGGAGGCUGAUGGUGAAAGACAUCAGUGAAAUGUAUAGCUUGCAUAGCAUCUUGCUGGUUCACAAGAAGGAUCACAUCCGCAGCUUCGCAGCAGAAAGCUUUGCUUUCUUGAUGAGAAAGGUGCCUGAUCUGGAUGGCCACCUUACCUUCAUGUUUGGGGACCUGGUCGCUCAUCCCCAGAAGACAGAGGGACUGGGACAGCUGCUGUUUGAGAUGUGCAAGGGUGUUCAGAGCAGGUUCCACUCCUGCGCCAGUAUGGCCCUUCCUGUGAUCCUGAAGAAGUUGGGCCCAGCUGGUUCUGCGGGUCCAUCUCUGCCGUGGACCACUGUCGGGGAGGUGCUGGUUCACAUGGCGGAUGCAGUGGUCAGUCACGUUGAUAAGGACCACCUUCUUGUCAUGUGGGAGUGUCUGCAGGGCUCCUUGGAGGAGGCGAUGAGGCAGGCGGAGAGGAGCAAGGACAAAGGGGAGGCGUCCCAGCAUGUGGAGAGGCUGCUGAGUAUCUACCAGCUCCUGAUGGAGCACCGACAGGGGGCUAAGAUAACCAGACCGGAGUCUGUCUGUGAGACCCUGCUGCAGCUGCUUCCUCUCCCCUGGCUCUCCUACACUUGCCGUCAGUUGUUGCUGGAGGUGAUGUCGACGCUCAUGCAGAGUGAGAACGUCUCCCUGCCUGCCCCAGUAAUCCAGGAAACUGUGAAAAAGGUUCUCAGAAGUGGGCUGGACCAGGACCACAUCCUACCCUUCGCCAAGGAAAUGUUCAACAUGGAACAGUUUGAACAGCUCUUCCUGCCCAGUAUGCUGCUGUACCUGGAGCAGAUGUUCAUGGAUGAUGACCCAGUUACACGUCAGCUGGCGCUGGAGCUUCUAACCUGCCUGAUCCUGGAGAAGGCGGAGCCUCCUGCUGAUGGUUCCAUGGCCUUCGAGAAGUACCCCUUGGUCUUCACCGGGCAGCAUCUUGGGCUGAGUGGCACUAAAGACAAGAGGCUGCCCUGUCGUGGUAAAAACAGCAUCCCAGUCCCUCAGUAUAUCCUUUCUCUGGUUGACCUGCCAGAGGACCAUGUGCUCUCCGAUCUCUCCCACCUCUGGGCGGCCCUGCUGGUCCUGCCUCAUGUCAGGCCGCUGGACACGGAGAAGGUCAUCCCAGUCUUGACUAAACUCGUCAAUCGGUUACUGCACCUUGUGGAGAACGGGGCCUUGGAGAAUGGGGGCCUGUUUGUUGUCAGGCAAGCCCUUAGUUCUUUACUUAGCCUCAAGGAGUCUGCGGAAGUUCUGUCCCCGAUUCCAGCUGAGCGCAUUCGCAGCGUGAUCCAGAAGUUUCCCAGCAACCUCUCUGCCCUUCUUCUGGCUGACCUCUACUACACCAGACUGUCCCUUGAUGGCUGCUCUGCCCAUCUGUCCCAGGAUUCUUUGCUGGAACUGUACCAGACGUUGCACUCAAACCUGUCAUCUAAUGUGUCGAAGAUUCGGCUUCUUACACUGAGAGUUUUCUCCCAUUUCGUGGCCGGACUUCCGAAGGGGACUGAGGGUGAGGAGGCUCUGCAGACGCAGACUGUGUUUGCAGUGUGUCUCCUGGCAGAGCUCGUCCCAGCCACGGUGCAGGACUACCGAGAGAAGCUGCUGCACUUGCGCAAGCUGCGGCAUGACCUGGUGCAGCCCACAUUGCCCCUGGGAACCUUCCAAGAGGUGCCUUUGCGGUAUCUUAUCGGGAUGCUGUUCAUAAACUUCAGCCACCUCUGGGAUCCAGUGAUUGAAUUGCUAGUAUCUUACGCCAAAGACAUGGAGAACAAGAGUUUCUGGAAAGUUUUCUAUGAACAUUUGGAGCUGGUGGCCCUUUUAGCUGAGAAAGAGCUCCGAGAAGAUGAUGGUGAUGGCGGCAGAGAGCCCUCCGGCGGAGAAACGCGGGCAGACUUGCGUCCUGCCGGGGACGUGGUUGAAAGCGGGGACGUGGGCGUCCUCUUCCUCAGGCAGCUAGGCCAGGCCGCUGCUUCGGAUGAGCGUACGGACUUCACCAACUUCCGCUUCCUGCUCUGGAAAGCCAUGGCCCAGUUCCCUGAGCGGGUGGAGCCACGUAGCCGGGAGCUGAGUCCUCUGCUGCUCCGAUUUAUCAGCCAGGAAUAUCACCGAGCGGACCAACUGGUGGCUCCCACUCAGGACCUGAAGAGGAGAACCGGCUCCGUCCCGCAGCCCGAGGAGCCAGGCGCUGAGGCUGAAAUGAAAGAGGAUGACGACGAGCGAGAUCCCGCGGAAGAGACCAGGCAGACUGAGAAGAGGGUCCCGAGAAGAGCAGCCGGCAAGCAACUUAUUGCACAUCUGAAAGUGUUCGCCAGAUUCACCAACCCGCGCUCAUUAUACCUGGAGCCCAGCCUAAAUAAGCUCUACAUGCAGUUGCUUUGCCAUCAGGACCAGAACAUCCAGAAGAUGGCCCUGGAAUGUGUUCUCACCUACAAGGAUCCCCACAUUAUGCCCUACAAGGAGAACCUUGAGAACCUUUUAAAUGACAAACGGUUCAAGGAGGAGAUAACGCACUUCAACGUCUCCGAGGACGGGGCUGUGGUGGACACCUCUCACCGGCCACGUCUUAUUCCGGUACUGUUGAGGAUCCUCUACGGACGAAUGCGCAGUAAGACGGGCAGCAGGUCGCAGGGCAAGGCCUGCGCCACUGCUCGCUCCUCUAUCGUGCUGCGAUUCCUGGCCGGCUGCUUGCCGGAGGAGAUGGGCAUGUUUAUCGACUUGUUGCUGGAGCCCGUGAGUCACUAUAGCCAAGGGUCUUGCCUGGCUGCGGUGCAGGGCGCCUCCGAGAACACCGAGGCUUCUGCCGUCCUGCCCCUUGGCCGGCAGCAUGGCCUGCUCAACAUGGUGGACGUGCUGAUCCACAAACUGGGCCAUCUCAUCUCACAGCACCUGCCCAAAGUGCUACAGAUUCUGCUGUGUCUCGCUGCUUCGGUGUCUACCCUCUUGGAGCAAAGAGACCAGCUCAAGGCGGGAUGCAUCAACCCACUGAAGAACCUGAGGCGUCUAGGUGUCCUCCGUGUUCAGGACUACUUUGCUCGAUUCGAGACGUACAGCUUCAGUGCAGAAGAGAUAGAUGGCAUCUUUGAGGCAGUGGUGUGGCCUCAGAUAUGUCGGCUGCCCUUUGAGAGUACCUACACACCAACCCCGCUACUGAAGCUCAUACACGUGUGGGCCAAGAAUGAGAGGUACUUCCCCUUGCUGAUGAAGCAGAGGCCCGGUCGCCCCGAGAGCGACGUCCUACUGAACGUCUUCGCCCUGCUCUCUGCCAAGAAUGUGUCUCCGGCCACCAUCGCCAUGGUGAUGGACAUAGCGGAAAGCCUGGUGACCACUGCUGACUUCGUUCCCAAGGAGACAGAGUUGCCAUUGAUUGUAAAUGGCUGCGUGUUCCCCCAGCCCAGUGAAGGGUCUCACAUUGAUGCAGACUCCCUGACCCUGGGUUCGAAGCUUCUCCUCCCCCAUGUUUCCAUGCUGUUGCAGUAUCUCAGCAGCGUCGUCAGUAACUCUGACCGCUUGAAGAAGAAGAAAUUCAGGGAACAAGUCAGCAAAGAGCUCAAUAUCCUCUCCAAGAUCAGUAGGUUUGUGAGGGACAAAGAGCAGAGCUCCAUGCUCAUUAAUCUCUUGCUCCCACACCUGUACAAACCCGGGACUCCCCAGGAGACUCAGGUGGAUAUCCUGGAGACAGUGCAGAACCUGCUGAGGCAAUGUGCAGAUCCGCGCGUCUUCCUGAAGCCCCUGAGUCGUCUCUUCUCUCUCAUCCAUCAGAAGCUUCCCCGCCAGGCCCUCUGCUCUGUCUUCCAGACGGUGUCAGACCUAAACAGUGAGCUGAAGUACAUCACGGACAUGGCCACACAGCUUAACGCCUUCGACAGCCGCCACCUGGACGAGAUCCACUUCGACGUGCGUUUGACAGCCUUCCAGGCCGCAACGAGGCACAUCCAGCGGAUGGAGACCCUGGACCUCAACUACCUGCAGACCCUAAUGCACAACUGCUUCUACUCCUUUGAGAUUGGGGACAUGUCCCUGGCCGACAGCGCUACCGUGUGUCUGACAGCGGUCAUCAAACGGCUAUCCGAGAUAGAGCACAGCGAGGAGGUGUUCAAGGAGGUGGUGCGACACACGCUGCUGGAGGCAGUACGGCGAGGUCUCCGGAGCAGAGCCGAGACCGUCCAGCAGGAUUACACCACGGUCCUGUCUUCCCUGAUUCGCUGUUUUCCCAACUGCCCGGAGUUCCGAGACCUGGUGCAACUCACCAACUACACCGACCCGGAAUCUGACUUCUUCGAGCACAUGAAGCACAUCCAGAUCCACAGGAGAGGACGUGCGCUCAGGAAGUUUGCAAAGCAGCUGACAGAAGGGACCGUGGUGAUGUCGUCCCGGUCCCUACAGAACUACAUCAUGCCCUAUGCGAUGACGGCUCUCUUCAGUGAGAAGAUGCUCAAGUACGAGAACGUGACCUCGGCAUCUAUAGAGGUUCUUGGAGCUGUGUGCAGAUGUCUCACCUGGUCCAAGUACGUGUAUUACCUCAAGCAUUUCAUCCACGUUCUGCAGACUGGACAAGCUGAACAGAAACUGUCUGUCAGUCUGCUGGUGAUUGUUUUAGACGCUUUCCACUUUGACCACCAAACAAUGAGCAAAGAGAUAGAAGCAGCAAAAAGCAAAGAGGCUGAUGCAGAAGGUGAGGAAGAUGAGGAGGCGGCCAUGGACACAGGCGAAAGUGACGUCGAGGAGGCUGUGGAGGCAGAUGUCCCGGAGACUGUCGCCAUAGAGACGGACUGUGGGAGCACGAAGCCAACAUCAAAACCCCCGACCUCAGCAAUGACAGCGCAGCCUGUGAAGACCGUACCCACUGGGCUUCCCCAGACCAGGGAGGAGCUGGAGGUUCUGAUCACCUCCAUCCACCACACUGUCACUGAGAAGAUCCUGCCCAAGCUGCACAAGUGCCUGACAGCCAGGCUGAAAAAGGACGAGGAGCACAAGCUGGCAAAGUCUAAUGAGGCGGAUGAGGAGGUGGCGGUGAGGGUCCCCAUCGCCUUCGCCAUGGUGCGCCUCCUGCAGACCCUUCCGCAGGAGGUCAUGGAGGCCAACCUUCCUGGCAUUCUACUGAAGGUGUGCGUGUUGCUGAAGCACCGGUUCCAGGAGAUCCGGGACGUGGCCCGGAACACUCUGGUCAAGAUCAUGGAGACUCUGGGCUCUCGUUACCUGCAGUACUUGCUGAAGGAGAUGCAGAGCAUUCUGGUCAAGGGGUAUCAGGUCCAUGUUCUGACUUUCACUGUGUAUAAGCUACUGUCCUGCCUGAGUCCGACCAUGAAGAGUGGAGAUCUGGACCCCUGUUUGGGCCUGCUGUUGGAGAUCUUCAACAAUGAGCUCUUUGGACCGGUUGCUGAAGAGAAGGAGGUGAAAGGAAUCGUUUCUAAACUGAUGGAGGCACGUAGUAGCAAGAGUAUGGAGUCCUAUGAGCUGCUGGGCCAGUUUACUGGGAAAGAGUGCGUCACCCGGAUCAUCCUGCCUCUUAAAGAGAUCCUGGAAAACACAAGCAGUCUAAAGGUGUCCCGUCGGGUCCACACUGUGCUGCAGCGCUUGGUGGAUGGGCUGCUGCUUAACCAGGGCAUGACACCCCAGUCCAUUCUGCUCCUGAGUCACGGGCUAGUCAGCGAGAGCCUGCCUCUCCUCACGCAGAAGACCAGAGGCAAGGUGUCAGCUCCGCCCCCUCCAGACCCCCGGCUUCCCCCUCCCAGCUGCCUGCUUCUGCCCCCCACCCCCAAGCGGGGUGGCCAGAAGGCUCUGAUCAGCAGUAGAACAAACAUGCACAUCCUGGUCGACACGGGAUUGAAGCUACUCCACCUGAGUCUAAAGAAGUCAAAGGUCAACUCAUCUGAAACAACCACCUUGGAGAUGCUGGAUCCGUUUGUUCUUCUGCUGCUGGAUUGCUUGAACUCCAUGCACGUCAAGGUGAUAACGGAAGCCCUGCAGGCCUUCACGUGGGUCCUGAAGUUCCCUCUGCCGUCACUGGCGGAGACCUCAGACCAGCUGACCAAGACGCUCUUCGUCCUGCUGAAGGACUAUGCCAAGGCUGGUGCAGCCCGUGGGGAGAACUUCAAUCUGGUUGUCAACUGCUUUAAGACCAUUUCUAUCCUCGUGAAGUGUGCAAAAAAACAACCGGUUUCUCCGAAGCAGUUGCAGGUAUUGCUGGGAUAUGCUGAGGAGGACAUCUAUGACCGAUCUCGUCAAGCCACUGCCUUUGGCCUACUGAAGGCUAUCCUCUCGAGAAAGCUGGUGGUCCCUGAGAUGGAGGACGUGUUAAAGAAAGUGGCCAAACUGUCCAUCACUGGUCCGAAUGGACAAGUCAGGUUGCAGUGUAGACAGAUUUACAUGAAGUACCUCCUGGAUUAUCCCCUGGGGAAGAAGCUGAAGGCACACUUGGACUUUGUAGUGGCACAACUGACCUAUGCGUAUGACACAGGGAGAGAGUCUACUCUGGAAAUGUUGGCCUACAUAAUCCAGACCUUCCCCCUGGACCUGCUUCAUGAACAUUGCGGCCUGUUCUUUGUGCCGCUGGCGUUGUCCGUGGUCAAUGACGACUCCCCAGGCUGUAAGAAGAUGGCAGCACUGGCGAUAAAAUCCCUGCUGGAGAAGAUUGACCUGGACCAUCAGAACAACAUGUAUGCUCUUGUCAACACCUGGCUCUCUAGUGACAAGGUGACCCAUCAGCGACUGGGUGCGCAGGUCUGUGGGCUCUUUGUGGAGGUGGAGGGGAUGCAGUUUGCUCAACGCCUCAGCGCCCUGCUUCCUCUCAUUGAGAGAGAGAUCAACCCCGACAACUAUGAAGACAUUGACGAGGAAGCAGAUGAGAAGGCUGCCGACAGAAUGCUGUUUAGCUUCCUGGUGCUUCUGACGAAGCUCAUCAAGGACUGCAACUUCCUUCAACUGCACGAACCGAGUGAAACCCUCGCCAACGUGUGGAGUCACAUUCAUGCUCAUCUGCGCUAUCCUCACUUCUGGGUGUGGCUGACCGCCUCCCAGGUUUUCGGACAGCUGUUCGCGGCCCACAAACCCGAGGAGCUGGUCGGCCGGUGGAGAGCCCAACAGGACGUGAACCCAACGACUGAGCCUGUUGCCACAAUUUUCCUGGUAACUGACCUCGACAAGAAGAUGAGGGAGCUCGUUCUGUGCUUCUGUCAUCAGCUCCAGUCUAAGUUUCUUGAUGCGUCAAUGGGUGAGCAGGUAAUAAAGAAUCUGCUGUUCGUGGCAAAGGUGAUCUACCUGAUCUCGCCCGAGUCUGAGACAGCCAAUGGCGAGGGGGAUAAAGAGCAUGAGGAAGAUGAGGAGAAAGAAGAUGAUGAUGAGCUGAAGAAGAAAAGGCCUCCCUCCUUACUGUGGGUGAUGAAAAAGCUGUCAGUCUUGGCAAAGAGGGAGGCAGCAGACGCGCCCAAAGUUCCACUGAAGAGAACGUGUGUGUUUAAAUUCUUGGGCGCCAUGGCGAUGGACCUGGGAAAAGAGAGGAUUGGGCCAUACCUCACCACCAUCAUCGCACCGCUCUUCAGAGAGCUGGAGAGUACCUAUGCUGAACAAGAUCCCACCCUGAAGAACCUGUCCCAGGAGCUGAUUGAUCUGCUGAAGAAGCAGGUGGGCCUAGAGGAUUUCUCUCUGGCCUUUGCUGCAGUGCAGAAGGAGGCCACACAAAGAAGGGCAACACGUAAGAGGCACAGAGCAAUUCAGGCUGUUGCCAACCCUGAUGUUGCAGCCAAGAGAAAGCUAAAGAAGCACCAGAGUAAGAUCGUGGCCAAAAAGAGAAAGAUUGAGUUUCUGCGGCCGGGAUACAAGGCAAAGAAGAGUCGCAGUCACACGUUAAGGGACUUGGCCAUAAUGCAGUGAGAAUCUCGAUGCCUAGACAUCCCUGUGAAAUAGAUUAAACCAUCACGUGGACCAGUACUCAAUGUCAGAGGUUUGAGAAAUGACAUGUAAAGUUGCAAUUGCCAUUGUAUUUUUUUUUUAUUAAAGAUGAUUGCUCUGUA